AUGCAGAGCCCAUUUUCGGCCACACUUUUCCUCAUCAUCCUCCUCCCUCUAGUCCUCACAAUAGCCCUGAACCAUCUCGCUCGUUCCUGGUUCCCUUCCGAACGUCGACCGAAGCACAUCUCGUGGAUAGGCCGCCGAUCAGGAUUGCUCAGCUCGUUCCGUGCUUGCCUUGGUCAAUGGCGCUACAAUCCAAACCUCCUCGAAGCCGGCUACGAAGCCUUCAAUAAGACGGGCCGAGCCUUUCUCAUGCCCCUCAUUAGUUUCGAACCCAUCGUCAUUCUCCCCCAAGAGCACAUAAAAUGGAUUAUUGACCAGCCGCCGACCGUGCUGUGCCCGCGUCGCGCCGCAUACACCCGGAUGGGAGUGCGUUACGUGGCGCCUGGCUUCACACCUGCAAUUAACGAAAUUUUGCACAGCGCGAUCAAACUCCACCUAAACAAGAAAUUUGACAACUUGAAGGCGGAGAUGUAUGAUCAAAUGAGCUGGGCCAUCGAUAGGAGCUUUGGCAUCGCAGACUGUGUGAGUAAAGUGUCCCUAGCUCGCGCGUUGCGGUACACGGUCUACCAUACGUUGGUUCCCGUGCUGGCGGGCCGUGAGCUAGCCAAGAAUGAGCGCUUCGUGGAGGCCAUCAUAUCGAGUUCACAGUGGUUUGGAGCAGCCUCAACGGUGGUCGGGCAAUGUUUACCCCCGCCUGCCAGAGGCGUCAUCGGAUGGGUGCUGCAGAAGCCCAUCGGGUAUGUCCAGCGGCGGUACCUUAGGUAUCUGAUGCCGAUUGUGAGAGAAAGAUUGAGGAAACUGCAGGAGGAAGCAGAGGUGCCGGAGGACAUGGUCACUUGGUUGUGCCAGGUCAUUCUCACGACUAGGGGCGCUGACGGUGCGGAGGAGAUGUUUGCAGAUGCCUUCAACUUGUUGCUUGGCGCUGCGUUUACAAGUACCGUGUUGACGGCCCACCACACCUUGCUUGACAUACUCGGUUCAAGCACAAAGGACGACAUUUACCAAACCCUUCGAGGCGAGGCGGAGGCGACGUUGGAUCACCCGGCGAAAUGGUCCGAUCCAACUGCUAUUCUCCAGUUGCACUACAUAGAUAGUACACUUCGAGAGAGUCUUCGACGGGCACCGCCUACCUCCAUGGCCCUGUUGCGCGAGGUCGUUCCCGGAGACGGGCUGAUGCUGCCAAAUGGUCAAUUUCUUAACAAAGGCAGCUGGCUGGCCGUCCCUUCAAUCCCCAUCCACCGCGACAAGCAAUUCUAUGAGAGCCCAAACGAGUUUAAGCCUUUCCGGUUCGUACGGGACGGGAAGCCGGCCUCCUGUGUCUCAACAAGCGACACAUUUCUGUCUUUUGGACACGGUCGUUCAGCCUGUGCUGGAAGACAUUUCGCCACUCGCAUAUUGAAAAUGAUGGUUGCGUACAUCGUCGUACAUUACGACAUUGAAGCGAUUGAUGGACGGCCUGCCAACUUCUUUAUGGGGGAACAUGCUGUGCCUCCAGAUGUGGUAGUGAGUGUGAGAAGAAGAGGAUAG